AAACAAUCCGUGCGCCGGCUAACCACCCGCUCCAGCCGCCGGCCAGUUGCCAGCGCGCCCUGCGUCGAGCUAUUUUUGACGUCCCGCUGCAGCAGCUGUCUCUUCCUCAUCGUUGUUCAUUGGCUUGGGCAAUCGUGCAGCGUGCGGCCACACCAGUUGCACGAUAAACGCCCGUCCCGACUGCCGACCGAAUGAUCUUGCACGAGCCGGCGUAGCGUGCUGUACCUUUGUGCUCGUGACCGCGUGCCAGACCGGUUGGGGUGUGUGUGUUUGUGAUCUUUUGUUUGAUCGUACAGCGUGUGCGUGUGUUCGGUUGGUAUUUGGUCGCGCCAACUGUCAUCGAACCUUCGUGCAGGCAAUUUCCGUUUGAAGCGCCGAGCGAAAACGAGAAAAGGUCUUGAAGCAGAACCAGUGAGUGCAGAAAAGGAUUCAUCCGUUUUCCUUUUGUGUGUAGUUUGUGGCCAGAGUGUGGUGUGUGGGUGGGAGGACUAUCGCUGCAUGAUGCAGGGCACGCGUCGUGGAGUGAGCGUCCACUAUCUACCCGCGAUACUGCUGCUAGUGCACGCCCUAUGCGGAUCUGUCGACGGCAAGCGUGAAAUUCCCAUCGGUGCCAUCUUUCAUCAGGUCCCGGAUCACAGCUACGAGUCGGAGAUCGCGUUCCGGUACGCAGUCGAGCGCGUCAACAUGCACGAAAAGCACUUCGAGCUGGUGCCGAUCGUGCGCUACGUGUCGCCCGAGGACAGCUUCCGGACGGAGCGCAAGGUGUGCGAGCUGGCGGCGGAGGGCGUCACGGCCGUCUUCGGCCCGUCCUCCCUGCUGACGGCCGGCAUCGUCGGCUCGAUCUGCAAAACGCUUGAGAUCCCGCACAUCAUCACGCACUGGGAUCCGGAGCCGCUCGGCGGCAUCGAGGCGGAGCUGCGGGCGAUGACGAUCAACCUGUACCCGGAGGCGGACGUACUGUCCCGGGCGCUCGCCGACCUGAUCGUCGACUACAGCUGGAAGAGCUUCACCAUCAUCUACGACUCGGACGAGGGGCUGAUGCGGCUGAAGGACAUACUGCAGAUCCACGGGCCGGCCGAUGCGCCGAUCACGGUGCGGCAGAUCGACGACGAUCCCGACUACCGGCCGCUGCUGAAGGACAUCCAGUCGUCGGGCGAGUCGCACAUCAUAUUGGAGAUACGGCCGGACCGCAUACUCGAGCUGCUGCGCCAGGCGAAGGAGGUGAAGAUGCUGGAGGAGUACCAGAGCUACAUCAUUACGUCGCUCGAUGCGCACACGAUAGACUUCGAGGAGCUGCGGUACUCGCGCUCCAACAUUACCGCGCUCCGGCUGAUGGACACGAAGAGCUUCGACAUCAAGAAUGCGGUGCACGACUGGGAGCAGGGCGAGGCGCGCAUGAAGCGCCCGUUUCGCGUGUCACCCGAGCACGUGCACACCGAGUCGGCGCUGUACAACGAUGCGGUGAAGAUAUACGCGACCGCGAUACGGGAGCUGGACGCGACGGAGGAGAUCACCCCGGCCAGGCUGUCCUGUGGCAGCAAAAACCUGCGCCAGUGGCCGUUCGGGCUGCGCAUCGUCAACUACAUGAAGGUGAAAACCGAGCACGGCAUUACUGGGCCCAUCAUCUUUGAUGAUUUUGGCCGGCGAGCCCACUUCCACCUGGACAUCAUAGAGCUGAGCAAGGACGAGGGCUUCAAGAAAAUUGCGACCUGGGAUCCGACCCACGGUGUCAACUACACCCGCAGCCAGGGCGAGGUGUACUCGCAGAUCGUAGAAUCGCUGCAGAACAAAACGUUCAUCGUCGCGUCCCGCAUCGGUGCGCCGUUUCUUAUGUUCAAAGAGAAAAAGGAUGGCGAAUUCCUGGAGGGCAACAACCGGUUCGAGGGCUACUCGCUCGAGCUGAUCGAUGGGAUUUCGAAAAUCCUCGGCUUCCAGUACCGGAUGGAGCUGGUGCCGGACGGGAAGUACGGGUCGUACAAUAAGGUGACGAAAAAGUGGGACGGACUCGUCAAGUAUCUGCUGGACCGUAAAGCGGACCUGGCCGUUUGCGACCUCACGAUUACGUACGAGCGAAGGACGGCCGUCGACUUUACGAUGCCCUUUAUGACACUAGGCAUCAGCAUCCUCUACGCCAAACCGGUCCAGCAGCCGAAGGAUCUGUUCUCGUUCCUGUCGCCCCUUUCGCUCGACGUCUGGAUCUAUAUGGCGACCGCGUACCUGGGCGUCUCGGUGCUGCUCUUCGUGCUGUCGCGCAUGGCACCGGCCGACUGGGAGAAUCCGCACCCGUGCAAGCAGGACAACGACGAGGUGGAAAACAUCUGGGACAUGUGCAACGCGCUCUGGCUGACGAUGGGCUCGAUCAUGGGGCAGGGCUGCGACAUCCUGCCGAAGGCGAUCUCGACCCGGCUGGUGGCGGGCAUGUGGUGGUUCUUCGCCCUCAUCAUGCUGUCCUCGUACACGGCCAAUCUGGCCGCCUUCCUGACGAUGGAGCGGAUGGAUGCGACGAUCGAGUCGGCCGAGGAUCUGGCCAAGCAGAGCAAGAUCAAGUACGGCGUGGUGAUGGGCGGCAGCACGAUGGCGUUCUUCCAGACGUCCAACUUCUCCACGUACCAGCGCAUGUGGGCCUCGAUGGAGUCGGCCCGCCCGUCCGUCUUUACCAAGAGCAACGACGAGGGCCGGGACCGCGUCAUCAAGGGCAAGCGCAUGUACGCCUUUCUGAUGGAGUCGACCUCGCUCGAGUACAUUACCGAGCGGUACUGCGAUCUGACGCAGAUCGGCGGCCUGCUCGACUCGAAGGGCUACGGGAUCGCGAUGCCAGUCAACUCACCGUACCGCACUGCGAUCAGCGGAGCGGUACUGAAGAUGCAGGAGGAAGGCAAGCUGUACCAGCUGAAGACGCGCUGGUGGAAGGAGAUGCGCGGCGGCGGCCAGUGCACCGAGGUGCCCAACUCCUCGCAGGAGAACGAGCUCGGCAUCGGCAACGUGGGCGGUGUGUUUGUCGUCCUGGCGCUCGGCUGCUUCUGCGCGUUCCUCAUCGGCAUACUCGAGUUCCUGUGGAACGUGCGCAAGGUCGCGGUCGAGGAGAAGGUGACGCCGUGGGAUGCGCUCAAGGCCGAGCUGAAGUUUGCGCUCAACAUCGCCGUCACGUCGAAGCCGGUGCACAACACGCUGAGUGAAUCGACGGCCAGCGGCAAGAGCUCGCUGCGCUCCAAGUCGGAAUCGCGCCGCGGCUCGGAGCUGGCCGGACGGGGCAACAGUGUGCGGACGGCCGCCAGCCUGACCAAUCUCGACAAGAGCGGGUUCGCGUUCGACAAGCACUGAAUCGCCUGCGUUGGGGCGGGCAAACAGGCGGAAAGCAAUUGUUGUACCACCGUAGCAAGCACGCACAGCUAAAAUCACUCCAAAAAAGACAAUACUAUUCUCCAAUCCAUCGCUUCAAAAUUCCACCAUUGGUAUUACUACUGUUAGCGAAAUGCAUGGAACAUUUAUUCGAGUAAAUAAAAAAAACAAGCAGUACAAGCAA